AUGUACAUAGAGACGAACACAUGUACAUACAAAGCGAGAAAAUCUAGUUAGUUUUACGUUCUGCGCGUGCAUAUUAUUUUUUUAUACGGUUUAACACUUGAAAAGCAUUGUUUACCUUUGCUAUUUUUUGGCUACACAAUUGUCUGCAAUUGGUGCGGACGAGCAAAGACAUUGGCCAAGCGGAUUGACAGAAUGCGCUGACCCUGCGGAAAACAAAAAAUUUGUGUGUGGGGUUAUGUGCACAGGUUGUAGAGUCGCAGUCGACGUAGUUGUUGUCAUUGGUGUUGUCAUUAGUCAUGUUGAGUGCAAAUAUGAAUAUAUAGCCAUAUGACUUGACAGGGUAAUAGUAAUACUAGCAACAACAACAACAACAACGAACCAGGAGCACAAGGACUGGAAGGAAAAAAAAGGAAUUACCAAGUGCAACAAGCACAGCAAAAAAUAAAAAAUAGUGAAAGAUGCCGCUGCAGGUGCCAAUGUCUGGCAGAGAGCGCAGCAGCAGCAGUGGCACCACAACAACUACAACAACAAUUAGCCGCAACAGCAACAGCAACAUGAACAGCGAUCCCAAAUGCCGAGACGGGCUGCGCAAUGUAAAAGAGUAUAUCAGGGGCCAGCGGCUGCAAGAGCUGCUGCAGCAGCAGCAGCAGCAGAGGCAACUACACCAACAGCAACAACAGCAACAGCAACAACAGCAACAGCAACAGCAACAGCAACAGCAGCAACAACAGCAACAGCAACAACAACAACAGCAGCAAUAUGAAGAGGAUCGCUACAGUGCAGAGAUAAAGACGCGACGGCCAUACACGGAUAAGGAAUGCCCAUUGAGCUUUUCGGCCAUGCGUCACGUGGAAUUGAUUGAGCCGUGGAAAUUUGAUCCACAGCCAUGGCGUAUUAGGGAGCGCAUGAAGACGGCCAGUGUGGCCUUGGUGCUCUGCCUCAACAUUGGCGUCGAUCCGCCGGAUGUGGUCAAAAUUCAGCCCUGCUCACGGCUCGAGUGCUGGAUCGAUCCCAGCUCGGUGUCGGCACCGAAGGCCAUGGAGCUCAUCGGCAGCAAUUUGCAGAUGCAAUACGAGCGCUGGCAGCCGCGCGCUCGCUACAAAAAGUGCCAUGACCCCACCGUGGAGGAUGUCAAGAAGUUGUGCACCUCGCUGCGGCGCAACGCCAAGGGCGAACGCAUCCUGUUCCACUACAAUGGCCAUGGCGUGCCCAAGCCGACCGCCAAUGGCGAGAUCUGGGUCUUCAACAAGACAUUCACACAGUAUAUACCGCUGAGCAUCUUCGAGCUGAUCAACUGGAUGGCCGCUCCGUCGAUAUAUGUGUAUGACUGCUCCAAUGCCGGCAUCAUCAUCAACUCGUUUCAGCCGUUCGCCGAGCAGCACGAGCACGAGCUGGAGAAGGCCCUGGCCGCCGGCACGCAGUCGGCCUCCCAGCUGGUCAGCUACAAGAACUGCAUCCAUUUGGCCGCCUGUGCAGCCAAUGAGAUUCUGCCGAUGAAUGCCCAGCUGCCGGCGGAUCUGUUCACCAGUUGCCUGACCACGCCCAUUAACAUCGCCCUCAAGUGGUAUGCGAUGCAGGAGAAGCUGGGCAUGGUGCCGCGCAUCCAGAGCGACCUGAUCGACAAGAUUCCGGGCAAGGUCAACGAUCGUCGCACCAUGAUGGGCGAACUGAACUGGAUAUUCACGGCGAUCACGGACACCAUUGCGUGGAACACGCUGCCGCGUGAGCUGUUCCAGCGCCUCUUCAGACAGGACCUGCUCGUGGCGAGCCUGUUCCGGAAUUUCCUGCUGGCCGAGCGCAUCCUGCGCAGUCACGACUGCACGCCGGUCUCGCUGCCGGCCCUGCCGCCGUGCCAUCGGCACGCCAUGUGGAAGGCCUGGGACUUGGUCGUCGACUUGGCCCUGCAACAGCUGCCGGACAUACUCGAGCAGCAGGCGCCCUAUCGCCAGCUGCCCUUCUUCGAGCACCAGCUGACGGCGUUCCAGGUGUGGCUGGACAGCGAAUCGGAGUCACGCACGCCGCCCGAGCAGCUGCCGAUAGUGCUGCAGGUGCUGCUGUCGCAGGUGCAUCGGCUGCGCGCCCUGGAGCUGCUGGCGCGCUUCCUCGACCUGGGCCCGUGGGCCGUGAACCUGGCCCUGGGCGUCGGCAUCUUUCCGUAUGUCCUCAAAUUGCUGCAGAGCUCCACGCGCGAGCUGCGGCCGGUGCUGGUCUUCAUCUGGGCGAAGAUACUCGCCGUCGAUCCCAGCUGCCAGGUGGACCUGGUCAAGGAGUACAAGUACUUCCUCGCCGUGCUCCAGGACAACACCGUGAGCAAGCAGCACCGCACGCUGUCCGCCUUUGUGCUGGCCUCGAUCGUCCACAACUUCCUGCUGGGCCAGACGAGCGCGCUGCAGGGACCCCUGCUCUCCAUCUGCCUGGAACAGCUGAACGACAGCAGCUGGCUACUGCGCCAGUGGCUGGCCAUCUGCCUGGGCAUGCUCUGGCAGAACUUCGAGAAGGCGCGCUGGUCGGGCGCCCGCGAUCUGGCGCACGAGAAGCUCUACGUGCUGCUGCGCGAUCCGAUACCGGAGGUGCGAGCCGCCGCCGUCUUCGCCCUGGGCACCUUCAUCAGCUCCGUGACGGAUCGCAGCGAGGGUCAGGCGAACAACAUCGAUCGCAUCAUAGCCAUCACCUUGCUGGAGACGGUGGGCGAGGACAUGUCGCCGCUGGUGCGGCAGGAGCUGGCGGCGGCCCUCCAGUGGAUGGUGCUGCUCUUCGAGUCGCAGUUCGUCACGGUCUACACGGCGGAGCACAUGAACAGCCACAGCUCGGCCCAGGUCUCGUGCGGCGGCGAGCGCAGCGCCAGCAUCACGCACGGCAUGCCCAAUGCGCCCUCGGGCCACUAUACUCAGUACACGCACAGUCUGGAGCGGCACUCGCAUGUCACCAUCCGACGCGGCGCCAGCUCCAGCUCCAUCUCGAACAUGGCCAGCUCCAGCUCGAUGUCUGGCAAUUCGGCUGGCAGCGCCGGCGGCACCGGCUGCGUCGCUGGCAACUGCGCCAGCAGCACUGGCACCUCGGCGACCACGAAUGCGAUUCCCUUUCAGUACAUCUUCACCAAGCUGUGGCAGGGCAUCUACAACCUGAGCCAGGAUCCCUUUCCCAAGGUCGCCGCCACGGCCCAGAGGAUCGUGGCGCAUGUGCGCGACGUAGCGCUCUGCUUGAUCACGGCCAAGGAGGCGACGAAUGCCACAGCUGCUGCCGGCAUUGGCAGCUCGGCGGCUGGACGAGAUCAGCAGAAGCUGAACAGCAGCCUCCUGAGCGUCAGCCUGCCGCCGAGUCCGAAUACGCGCUGCAAUUACCUGGGCGCGGGUGGCGAGUCCCCGCCGGUGGGCGGAGGUGCCUCAACAGUGGCCGUGGCCGCGGCAGCAGCGGCGGCGGCAGCAGCAGCAGCGGGAGGAGGCACUUCGUCCGGCAACAAUCGCUGGUCACAGAAGCAGCGCCUCUCCGGCAGCAACGAGGCGCAGCAGCGCAAGCUGCGCACCACCUCGAUGAACGACGAAACGGACAGCGGCAACGUGACGAGCUCGUCAGGCGCGCCCGGCACCAGCUCCGCCGUGCUCGGCCUGAUCGCGAACGCGAACGCGGCCGAUGGCAACAACUCGGCGAGGAGCAGCGGCAGCGAGACGAAUCAUUAUGCGGAAGCGAACAGCACCAAGGUGCAGCUGCUGCAGCCGAUUGUGACCACUUCGUUCAUACCCUGGGCCAUUUCGUACUUUACGCGUCCGGGCAAGAAGCGCUACAGCAGCGCGGAGGGCAGCACCGAGGAGGAGGAGGGUCAGCAGCGCUGGCCGGUCGAUCGCAACUCCGCGGAGCUGCGGACGCGCGAAUAUCGCUACCAGCGCAACGAACAGAUCCGGCGGACAGCAAGGCGCGAGCAGCAGGAUCAGUGCGUCCGUCGGCUGGACGCGUUCAGCUUCGUGCGCAAGACGCAGUGCACGCCGUCGAUAGUGAAGCUGCUGCCGUACGAGCAGCAGAUCGCCGUCGCCUACAAGGAGAAGGUGCUCGUCUAUGACUUUGUGCGCAAUCUGGUCCACAGCUACGUGACGGAAGCUUUGUCGGACUCUGGUCACGGCAGCUCUGUGGGCAGCAGCAGCACCAGCAGCAACGGCAGCAGCAGCGGCGGCGGCGGCGGUGGCGGCGGCGGCGGCAGCAGCAGCAGCAGCGGCGGAGGCGGCGGCGGUGGCGGCGGCGGUAGCAGCAGCAGCGGCGGCAGCACCAGCAGCGGAAGCAAUGGACGCAAGAUUAGCCGCCAGCCCGCGAUCUUAUUCGCGCGAGUGAGCAGCUUUGAGCUGUUGAACGCCCAGGAUGUCGGCCUGAUGCUGGUCGCCCACGACGAUGGCGUCAUACGCGUCUGGCAGUCGACCGGCGGGCCGCAGGAGAACUCGAGCGGCAGCUCGGGCCAGCCGCAAGCCGAAACACGAUUGAUUAGCGCCUGGGAUGCAUUCCCGCGCACCGCCUAUCACAAUGGCAGCGGCGGCAGCGCCGGUGGUGCUGGUGGUGCCGGCAAUGGCAGCUGCGGCAGCGCCGGCGUUGGGGGCGGAAGCAAUGCCAACAGUUCCUAUUUGCAGCGACGACUCAAGACGGAUCCGCUGGCAGCGGUCAACAGCAGCGUCGUGGGCAACAUCAAUAGCACCGCGUUAACAUUGUUUGCCGCCGCGUACCAAGCGGCCGCGAUGGGCCACGGCCAGCAUCGGAGCUCCACGGACGUUGUCACGGCUUGGCAGCAGCACAGCCAGCACUUGGUCGUGGGCAGUGAGGCCUAUCGCUAUCUGCGCAUCUGGGACGUGGAGCGGGAGCUGCGGCUCAGCGAUCUCCAGCUGGGCUCUCGCGAGACCAGCGUGCGUGUCCUCUCGCCAUUUGUGGCCAACAAGCCGUGGGAUCUGAUUGUGGCCGGCUGUGCGGACGGCAGCGUGCGGCUGUUCGACAAACGCUGUCCGCCGCAGGAAGCACGAAUCCGGGUCUAUCGCGAGCACACGGCGCCCAUACUGCAUGCCUGCCUGCGAUCCAAUGACACCUCGUUCGUGACGGGCUGCACGGCGGGCAGGGUGAACGUGGUGGAUCUGCGGGCGAAUGUCGCGUCCGGCGUCUUGCAUCAGUGGGAGGCGGGCGGCGAUAUUACGGCGAUGGCCAGUCAUCAGGUGGCGGAUGCCAUCGCCUGCGGCAACGCCUCCAAGAUCUGCAUCUACUCGCUCAACGGACGCACCCAGAGCGUUUUGCGCAGCAACGAGGGCUUCAUGGGCUCCAAGAUUGGACACCCCACAUGCCUGUCAUUUCAUCCGUAUAAGGUGCAGCUGGCGGUGGGCUUUGUGGACAACACGGUAGCUGUCUACAGCCCUACACCAGUUUUAUAAACUCUGCAGCCGCUGGAAAACGGACGUCGAUAAGAAUCCUGAAACAAUGUUUUAUGCACGUAGCUUCAACGCGGAGCCCGCAAUGC